AUGAGCCAACUAACUCCACAACAAGUUGAGGUUGCAAAAAAAUACGAUGUCUCUGGGAAGCUUGUUGAGUUUCUCGAUAGACAUUUAUUUUGCCAAGUAUUGGAUUCUUUAGUUAAGAUAUACGGUGAAGAAAAAAUCGAUCAAUUGGAAAUGCAGGUGUUGAAGGACACCUACAUGUUUGAUGUUCUCAAGGAGUUGCACGCCAAUCUAAAGGGAGAUGCGAAAGAGCUCGCUGAGAUCAACGAAAGAGAACAAAAGGUCCAUGAGAGACUCAUUCCGUUGAACGAGUCUACAAAGAAAACGCUUUCUACAUUAUGUAGUAAGGAGAUCCAAGACAAUUUGAAGCAAGACAAGGCAUCCAAUAGAGAGUUGAUCAAGGGUUACGGUAUUGAUGAUUCUAAAAUCAUGGAACUCUACGAGUUUGGUAAGUUGCAAUACAAUAGAGGUGAUUAUGUGAUGUCAAGUGAUUUAUUGAACAACUUCAAGCUAUUAUCCAGUGAUUCUGAGAAAAUCUUAAGUGCCACAUGUGGUAAGUUUGUCAGUGACAUUUUAAGUGGUGAUAUAAUUGAAGCCAAGAAUGAAAUGAACAACUUAAGGGAGGUUACAGACAAUAGAAAUUACGAAGGUUCGCCAUUGGAACAAGUCAAACUAAGAAACUGGUUGAUCUAUAACUCAUUGUUUUUAUUCUUUAACAGCAACAAAAAUAGCACUCAAGACCAGCUAGCCAACCAAUUACUGCAACUAAAUGAAAUUUUCAUUUCUUCCUCAUAUUUAUCAACAAUUGAAGCUUCAUGUCCUUGGAUUUUAAGGUACAUCAUUUCAUCAGUUUUGUACACAAGAGACUAUAGGAGAUUGAAGGAUUUGAUCAAGGCAGUCAAUAUCGAAUCCUACGAAUUCCAAGAUCCAUUCACCCAGCUAAUUGAUACUUUGUUCAUCAAGUUCAACUUGGACAACAUAUCUGAAACGGUCAGUAAUAUCGAGAUCUUGUUAGAAACAGACUUCUUUUUGAGCAAAUUGGACAAGGCUUUGAUGAUGAAGAACAUCUAUACUCUUGUUGUAAAGAAUGUUUUGAAAAUCUAUGGAGAGCUAGAUAUUGAACAACUUAAAGUACACUUCCUACCAAAUCUAUCUCAAGACAUUAUUAAUGAAAUUUCAGGAGAUUUCAGCAAUAACAAUGGUAAGCUGUCAUUGAAGGGUGAAAAGGAAAGUAAGUAUUUUGAUAUUUACGAAAGAACCAAAGCUUUAUCAUUCAAGUCCACACAAUUACUCAAUAACGCGUUUGGUAAGGACUUCUAG